ACAUGGCACAAGUCAUCAGUGAUUCUCGUCCGUUCAGAGACAUGGAUAUACCAUCAGAACGACCUGAGUGCAGAAUUCGUUUUCUCGAAUAUUGCAAAAUAUCAGUGCGGUUGAAAUCGUUCAAAACCGCUGAUUGGCUGAAUUCUUGCAGGCGUCAAUUGGCCAGGGCAGGAUUUUUUGCCGUUUCCGGUCGUAAAUCUACCGUUCAGUGCUUCUCCUGCGGUCUGAGACUAGCCGGCUGGAAAUCCAGCGACGAUGCAUGGAAAGAUCACGCUAAAUUCAUUAUUGGGGGAUGCGAUUAUUUAGAAGCAAUGAAAGGAAUAAAAUUUGUCGAAAGUAAAGGAUUGGAUUCUUCUGCCUUCGAAAGUCAGUCAUGUUUUCGUACGGACGACAACAACGAAUGGAUACCAUGUAACAUGACUAAUACGUGUGUUAUCUGCAAUUGGGAACAGUAUUUGACAUCAACAGAUUGAAAAGUGACUGUAUGCUAUUUCACUGGACUGAGUCAAUCGAGGAAAAUGAAAAUGUUUCAAAUUGUAGAAAGACACUCACAUUGUUCUUUUACUGUCAUUUUCAUCGAAUACACACCUUUCUUGCGAUAUUGCAUGUCACAUGUCUAGGGUCGAUGGAAAAUAAUGAAUUCAGUGUGCAUAUUUUCCUGCCCUCAUUUGAUUUCCCACUGGGAGAUUCCCGUUCUCAUUUUCUUCCAAGAGAGGAGCGGAGCGCCAUGAAAAUCCAUGUGCUCGACGGCUGAGAAUCGUGAUUUUUUCGUUGUGUACCAAACAAAGAUGUGAAAACGUAAAUGAUAAGGGAGGAGCCUGUGUUUGAACAUACAUCCUAUCUGCCAGUGUAGGAAACUGUUUCGUUUGGCACGACUGUAAUUGAUAGAAUCUCUGAAUGUGUUCUAAAAACAACCAUGCAAACCGUGAAAAACUUGAAAGACGGCCUCUUGAACUUGCCAAGUGAAGUCCACAGUUUCCUCGGAAGGAAUGAUGGACAGAAGACUAAUUUGUCUCCUACAGUGAAUACUGAUAGUGGUGAUAAAAACAACAACAUGGAUGUAAGUGAUGCACCGGUGAUCAUUGAUGAUAAUGUUGGUACAGCCAAUUGUCAUGACAUAGCUGAUAGUGAUUCAGAAGAUGACAUAGUAGCAAACGAAGCUACGGUGGGAACCGUUUCAUCAAAUUCGCUAACAUUGCUCGGGAAUGACAUACUCACAUCCGGAUCUCAUGCGAUUCCGUACGUUCUAAUCAAGGAAAAAUGGCAACUAGUACUGGAACAGGACGCAACCAUUCCCGAAAUACAGUCAGCUAUCGAAAAAUGUAAAGACAUGGUAUUACGGUGCGUUGACGAUGCAGAAGCGCGAAAAUGGUUUGUUCGCCACCUAAUUGAACUGAGACAUCGUCUAAGAGAAUUGCAGGACGUGGACAACGAUCCCGAUGCCGUUCCGUCGGCCAUGAAAGUAAUUCUCGGUCAUCAUUUCCAAGCGCAAAAUCAUUCCAAAUGUAAAGUAUACUGCGAUCACUGUUCGGGAAUCAUUUGGAGUGUGGUACAAGCGUCUUAUAUUUGUACCGACUGCUCGUAUGCGGUUCAUCACAAAUGCAUACGUAAUGUGAUAAGGGUCUGCGCUCACGUAGUCACAGCCGAGCGAAAUUUACCGAUUGAAUGCAUCUGUCCGGAAAUCGGACUUGCCUUCCAGAGGUACACGUGCGCUGAAUGUGGAGCACAACUAAGUUGUAAUUCAUCAACAGCAAUAAAUUGUUUCGGUGUAGAGCUAAAAGCAGAAAAGCUCAACUCUCCUCAACCACGACUGUGCGAUUACUCCGGUUUUUAUUAUUGCUCGAACUGCCACUGGAACGACAUCAGCGUUAUCCCCGCUCGAGUGACGAAUAACUGGGACUUUGUGCCGCGCAAGGUUUGCCGAGCCUCACUGCAGCAGAUUCGUCUGAUAUGUGAGCGAGCCAUAAUCAAUCUGGAGCAGAAUAACCCACGGCUGUUUGCCUUGGUGCCCAAAUUGAUGCAGGUUAAAAAAAUCCGCCAGAAGCUUCUUCAUAUGAAGCGGUACUUGACGGUUUGUCGGAUUGCUGAAGAGUUAAAGCUUAUCAGAACUACAAUUGGCGCGCGAAGACAUCUGAUGCAAACAGUCGAUAUAUACAGUGUGACGGAUUUGGUUGAGGUAGAUAAUGGACACUUGUUGGAUUUUUUGUGCAAAGUAUAUUGUAAAUUUGAAGGGCACAUUCGAAAUUGUUUGAUCUGCUCAGGUAAAGCCUACAUCUGCGAAAAUUGUAACUCUGAUGAAAUUCUGUUCCCGUUUGAUGACCAUGUCGUUUCAUGUGCUAAAUGCUUUUCAGUUAAUCAUCAAACCUGUCAGUUACGGAACAACAUGAAAUGUCAAAAAUGCGUGCGCUUACGUCUUCGCGAACAGCAGAUGCGAAAUGAGUUUUUGGAUGCCGCUAAUGGAAAUUAGGCCUGCAUGUAAUCAUUCAUUUUUUUUAUCAUUUUACGCCGGUGCAUACAUUUUUAAAAGGCCGAUUUGUACUAACUGUUUGAACACACUAUUGCGGUGAAAGCUUUUUCGAUAUUUCGACACGAUAACAACAAAAAUAUAUCUAGUUAGUAUCAAACGCUUA